AUGAGUUUACUUGCUGGUCUUGUGAAUUAUUCAGACGAUGAAGGAUCUUCUUCUGGCGACGAGGCGCCAGUUGACAUUCUCCAAAAUAUAAAAAAGACAAAGGCAGAGCCGCAACCAAAGAAGCCAGAAGCGAUAGCCCCUAUGCUACAGCCAGUGAAAUCAGCAUUGCCGAGUAAAGUGCCAGCACCACCAUCGGCGUCAACGGCAACCAUGUUGGAGCACAACAAACGAUUGAUGGCUGCUUUGGCUGCUAAACCAAUUGCAGGCGUAGAGAAUUGGGGAAUCCCUAAUGAGCCAAACACAGCAUGCGAUGCUGAAAGACAGGAACGUAUAACGCAUUUCUUAUCACUGAGAGCCUCUGGACAUCGAUUAAACGACCAUUUACAGCACAACAAGGCAUUUCGCAACCCUCGUAUCUAUACAAAACUCGUAGAAUUCACUGAAGUAGAUGAAAUAGGCAGCAACUUUGAGAAACAAGAAUUCGAUCCCCAUGGAUUUCCGGCAGAGAUGUAUAUUGAUGGCAUUCUAGAGACACAGCGAAAACUUGCAGAGGAAAAGGCAGCACAGCAACAAAACAGAACCUCUGUCCAUUUUGUCCCACAGCAACAGCAACCAACACAACAGCAAUCAGCAGCCAUGGCACAGGCAAUGGCGACUGCUGCCAAAGUAGCGAGUCGAAUAGCGAAGCCGCCUUCUCAAGAUAAUGUUGUCGUACCUGAAAAGCGAAGGAAUAAAUGGGAUGAUGAUCAGCAUUCGUCCAAGAGAUGA